CGUGGGUCGGCAGCCACCCAGCCGGGGAGGAGCCUGGAGCCGCAGAAGCGAGGCGUUCGCAGCUAUGGGCCCGGGGUCUCGGAGAGCUCGAGGGUCGCUGGUGUUGGGGCUGCCGUUGCUGCUGCUACUGCGACUACCGUGGCCAAUGUGGGGGGCCGAGGCGUUUCAAGGAAACACCUUUGGAGAGCCAGUCAUCCCACACUGGGUCCUGGAUGGACGUCCCUGGCACAUAGUCACCCUGGAAGAGCUGGUCUCGAAGCUAGAAGAAGGGCUGGUGGCCUUGGAGGUUGAAGGCCGGGAGCUCCUGCUCGAGCUGGAGAAGAACCACAGGCUGCUGGCCCCGGGAUACACAGAAACCCACUACACACCAGAUGGGCAGCCAGUGGUGCUGGUCCCCAGCCGCACGGAUCAUUGCCACUACCAUGGGCGUGUGAGGGGCUUCCCUGACUCCUGGGUAGUCCUCAGCACCUGUUCUGGGAUGAGGGGCAUGAUAAUGCUCAGCAGCAAUGCCAGCUAUUAUGUGCAUCCCUGGCCAGCUGGGGACUCUGAGGACUUCUUGACCCACAAGAUCUUCCGGAUGGAGCAGCUGCUCAGCUGGAAAGGAUCCUGUAGCCACAAGGACCCAGGGGACAAAGGGGACAUGGCCAGACUUUCUCGUGCCACCCAAAUCAGGGAGAGGCGGGAGUCCCUCAGAAGUCCGAGAUACCUGGAGCUGUACAUAGUGGCUGACCACACCCUGUUCUUGACCCAGCACCGGAACUUGAACCACACCAAACAACGUCUUCUGGAGGUCGCCAGCUAUGUGGAUCAGAUUCUCAGGACUCUGGACAUCCAGGUGGCGCUGACCGGUCUGGAAGUGUGGACCGAGCAGGACCGGAGCCGCGUCACGCCAGACGCGAACGCCACGCUCUGGGCUUUCCUGCAGUGGCGCCGGGGGCUGUGGGCGCGGCGGCCACACGACUCGGCGCAGCUGCUCACGGGCCGCGCCUUCCGGGGCGCCACCGUGGGCCUGGCGCCCGUCGAGGGCAUGUGCCGCGAGGAGAGCUCUGGAGGCGUGAGCACGGACCACUCGGAGCUCCCCAUUGGCGCUGCAGCCACCAUGGCCCACGAGAUAGGCCACAGCCUCGGUCUCAGCCACGACCCGGACGGCUGCUGCGGGGAGGCGGCGGCGGAGCAGGGUGGCUGCGUCAUGGCAGCGGCUACCGGGCAUCCGUUCCCGCGCGUAUUUAGCGCCUGCAGCCGCCGCCAGCUGCGCGCCUUCUUCCGAAAGGGGGGCGGCGCGUGCCUCUCCAACGCGCCGGACUUUGGGCUCCUGGUGCCGCGGGCGCGCUGCGGGAACGGCUUCGUGGAAGAGGGCGAGGAGUGUGACUGCGGCGCCGGCCAGGAGUGCCCGGGCUCCUGCUGCCUUGCCCACAACUGCUCACUGCGUGCGGGGGCCCAGUGCACCCAUGGGGACUGCUGCGCCCGCUGCCUGCUGAAGCCCGCGGGCGCGCCAUGCCGCCGGGCUGCAGGCGACUGUGACCUCCCUGAAUUCUGCACGGGCACCUCCCCCUAUUGCCCCCCUGACAUUUACCUACUGGACGGCACUCCCUGCGCCAGAGGCCGCGGCGCCUGCCGGGACGGCGAGUGUCCGACGCUCGAGCAGCAGUGCCAGCGGCUCUGGGGCCCUGGCUCCCGCCCAGCCCCGGAUGCCUGUUUCCAGGUCUUGAACCCCGCAGGAGACGCCCACGGGAACUGUGGGCAGCACAGCGACGGCAGCUUCGUGCCUUGUGCUCAGAGGGAUGCACAGUGUGGGAAACUGCAGUGCCAGGGCGGGGAGCAGAGCGCACUGGUACCACACACGGUGCCGGUGGACUCCACCGUUCGCCUAGGCAGCCGCGAAGUGACCUGCAGGGGUGCCUUCGUGCUGCCUGGUGCCCAGCUGGACCUGCCUGAUUUGGGCCUGGUAGAGUCAGGCACCCAAUGUGGACCUCAGAUGGUGUGCCAGGACAGGCGCUGCCAGAACGCUACCUUCCGAGAGCUGGAGCUCUGCCUGAUUGCUUGCCAUGGCCACGGGGUUUGCAAUAGUAACCAUAAUUGCCACUGUGCUCCAGGCUGGGCUCCGCCUUCCUGUGACAAGUCGGGGUUUGGUGGUAGUGUGGACAGUGGUCCAGUGCAGUCUGAAACCCAAGACACCUUCACGCUGGCGGUGAUCCUUAGCUUUCUGCUGCCUCUGCUCCUCGGGGCCAGCCUGGCCUGGUGCUGCUGCCGGCACCCAGGACCCUGUCUCCAGCAAUGCCUCUGGGGUUCAAGGAGGGACCCCGUGUGCAGUGGGCCCAAAGAUCACCCAUGCAGGGACUACCCUCUGGGCAGCAUUCAGCCCACGGAGUUGGGCCUGACAGCCACUGGGGAGCCCCAGCCCCUGGAACUCUGCCAGAGCCCAGCAGCCACCUUGAGAAGCCUGUGCCCUGUGGCCAAGCAGGUCAAGUCCAAAAGCCCAGAUCCUGUCUCUGGUGAAAGGUGACUCCUGAGAUGAGAAGACUUAAGGACAGCUGCUCCAGGAACUCGGGUCCCCAGGGGCAGAGCCAGCCAGUCCGCUGACCUCCUGCACCUUCAGGCACCUACAACAUUUCUUCCAAGUUACCUCUGCACCACCUACUCCAGGACCCUGGAGCCUCAUCAGAAUUUGCUCAGUGCCAUCCCUGUUCUGCAGGGCUGCUAGGCCUGGCUAGGGCACACCCUCCAGCCCAAGCAAGAGUCCAUCAGUCCCAGGAGCAAAGGUCUUGUAGUCACUGACCUCCUGUCACCGGGGGUGGCUGGGUCAUGCUGGGAGCCUAGCCUGGACCCACGGCCUCUGUCCAGGUGUGGGUGUGCUGCAUGCACUUUCUCCAGACCCAGCUCUGGAGGGCACUGACUGCUGGGCCAGAACUCCAGGGGCCCUGCACUUUAGACUGAUCCACGUCCCCGGAGCCUGGGCCCUGAAAAAACAAACAGAAUCCUUGGGACCUUCCUUCCUGCCUCCUCCCCUGGUCUUUCCCCCCAGAUGCUUCCUCAGUCCCACCCUAUUCCUAGUUGUCAGGUGAGGUUUCCAAGGAGCCUGGGGAUCUGCUGAGGCCCCUUCCCUUUGGACAUUAAUCAGCUCCUCCUCCAUUCCAUGGGUGGGGACGAAGCAAGCCAUUUUGGAAAGGACACCAAAGUAGAAAUCAGAAGAAAGACAUAUUGCCCUGAGACCUAUGAGUCUUUUCUGUCUUUAAAUUCAAACCCAUGGGGGCUUCUUGAGGGUGACGAGGGGUAGUGGCUGGUGGAUGGAGCCCCAGAUGACAGCCAGGCCCCAGAUGUACCUGUGCAUAGGAUGGUGUUGCCCAGCUUGAAUGAUCCCUUUGCUCCACCUCUCCUGUCUCGCUUGGACACUCGGAGAGGCCAUUUAUUCUCUCCCCUUGCUUCAUGCAAGAGUUGCUGAGUGACAUUCUACAUCAGCCAGCUGUUGCUACAUAAAAAAACCAUCCCCAAACUUAGUAGCUUAGAACAAUAACCAGUUCUGUGAAUUGGCAAAUUAGGUUGAACUCAGCUGGUGAUUCAACUUGCUUCAGUCACUCAUAUGUUUGCAGUUAACUGCUGGUCACUAGGUGGGUCUGCUUCUGGGGUUGGCUGGCUGUUGGCUAGAGUGAUGGGGACAAAUGGGCUCUGUGUCUUUCAUGUUCCAGUAGGUUAGCAAGGCCUGGUCACAUAACAGCUGGGGAGCAAUCUAAGAGAACACAACCAGAAUUAGAGUGAGACAAAUGAGGCAUUUAUCUUGGGCACAAAAAAAGUAAUCAAGAGAAGUAAUAUAUACAUUUUUUGAUGUUUCAUGUUCCUUUUUUUUUCAUUAGUUUACAGUGUUGUGUCACUUUCUAAGAUAAGUAAUAUUUUAACGUAGUAUAUUUACAGAUCAAAAUUAAUGCAAAAACCCACGAUGAACAAACAUUAAAAUUUUAACUAAAGACAGGAUCAACUACAGUGCCAUGCCAAGCCACGCUGGAGCCUGAGGCAAAAGGAGAAACCAGUAAUUGUGAUCCUGGGGCCAGUG